AACAAAUUUGUUGGAGAGGGAUAGCCCGAAGAGGAAGGAGUAAAGAAGGUGCUCUGGUUGAUAAAAAGAGUAAAAGAGAGAACUCUAUUUUCAAACCCCCCAAAAAAAAAAAAAAAGAGUGUAACUGUUCGUCUGCGAUCUUUCUGUAAGUUUCAGGUGUUUUAGCUGUCGGUGUGGAACCAGGACAUGAAGAAUGAGUAUUGAAUUUAUAUAUUUUUAGUAGAAUUAUAGAGAAGAAUGCAUGAUCGUGAUUGAGCGGUAGCCAUGGAUUCAGCACGAAGUUGGUUUCAUAAAUUGCAACAUAGAGAAAAGCCUGUGGCCACAAAAAAGAAGGAAGCAGAAAAUGUAAAGGAUGCAAGUAAGCCUCCUGUUGAUGAUGCACCUUCAAAUGUAACAAAACAGAAGGUAGCUGCAGCCAAGCAGUAUAUAGAAAACCAUUAUAAAGCUCAAAUGAAGUGUUUGCAAGAUAGGAAGGAGAGACGUUGGAUCUUGGAGAGGCGGCUUGCUGAUGCUGAUGUUUCAGAGGAAGAGCAAAUGAAUAUUCUCAAAUAUUUAGAACAGAAAGAGACAGAGUACAUGCGUCUUCAAAGACACAAAAUGGGAGUUGAAGACUUUGAACUUUUGACCAUUAUAGGAAGGGGUGCAUUUGGGGAGGUGAGACUUUGCAGAGAAAAAGCUACAGGGAAUGUUUAUGCCAUGAAAAAGCUUAAGAAAUCUGAGAUGCUUCGCAGAGGCCAGGUGGAACAUGUUAAGGCUGAAAGAAAUCUUCUUGCUGAGGUUGAUAGUGCUUACAUUGUCAAGCUAUACUGCUCCUUUCAAGAUGAUGAAUUUUUGUAUCUCAUAAUGGAAUAUCUUCCUGGUGGUGACAUGAUGACAUUACUAAUGCGCAAAGAUAUAUUGACUGAAGAUGAAGCCAGGUUUUAUGUUGGGGAGACUGUGCUUGCAAUUGAGUCCAUUCACAAACACAAUUACAUCCACAGGGAUAUCAAGCCUGAUAAUUUACUACUUGACCGAUAUGGCCAUAUGAAGCUUUCAGAUUUUGGGUUGUGUAAACCAUUGGACUGUAGUAGUUUUCCGAAUCUUAGUGAGAAUGAUCAGGGAGUUGGAAAAAACUUUAAAUCUGUGUUGGAAAAUGAUAAUCCUUCCAACCUGCCUACUGCACGGAAAAGGACCCAGCAGGAACAAUUAUUGCACUGGCAAAAGAACAGGCGAAUGUUGGCUUAUUCAACGGUUGGAACUCCAGACUAUAUUGCCCCGGAAGUAUUGCUGAAGAGAGGCUAUGGAAUGGAAUGUGAUUGGUGGUCUCUUGGAGCAAUUAUGUACGAGAUGCUAGUUGGAUUUCCACCUUUCUAUUCAGAAGAACCCAUGUCAACAUGCAGAAAGAUUGUAAACUGGAGAACUCAUUUGAAAUUUCCGGAGGAAGUAAAGCUGUCUGCUGAGGCAAAAGAUCUCAUCUGCAAACUCCUCUGCAAUGUUGAGCGGAGACUUGGGACCAAAGGAGCUCAUGAAAUAAAAGCACAUGCAUGGUUUAAAGGCUUACAAUGGGAUAGGUUAUAUCAAAUGGAAGCUGCUUUUAUACCCGAGGUUAAUGAUGAGUUAGAUACUCAAAACUUUGAGAAGUUUGAAGAGCUGGGGAAUUCAGCAGAAACUUCAUCAAAAGCAGGUCCAUGGAGAAAGAUGCUUUCUUCAAAGGACACAAAUUUUGUCGGAUACACAUACAAGAACUUUGAGAUUGUCAAUGAGCAGAACUUGCCUGGCAUAGCCGAGAUAAAGAAAAAGAACAACAAGCCCAAGAGACCGUCUAUUAAGACACUGUUUGAGGCAACUGAUUCUCCCGAUCAGUCAGUUGAGGGCACCUUAAGCAACCGUUUGGCCACCCAGAUGGGUGUUUCAGAAGGCUCUGAGACGUCACAUCGUUCUACUAGACCCAUGCAAUAUCAACCAAAGCCUCCCAGAAGAUAAUUUUCGAGGAUCAAUUCCCAAGUAAUUGUCAAUAGCCGAGGUGAAUUGAAGGAAACUGUUAUAAAGUUGCCCAAAACAAAAAAAAAAAAAAAGGAUUGGAAAUGUAUCUGAUUGUGACAAGUUCUACAGUUUAACUGCUGUAUCUUAGUCAUGGUAGAGUUGUUCAUUGCAUGUAAAAAAAGAUCACCUAGAUUAGAGGGAAAGAGGUUGAAAUUGAUGAUAUAGCUUUUAAUAAACUGUUCUAGGUCUGUUUAAGGUAAUUAUGUCAAAAGCAUUCUUGACUUGCUAGGCUGUAAUGAGCUUUGAUUUGGUUCUGUAUGAAGGAAAAAAAAAAAGGUGCAACGAGCAAUAUGGAUAAAAGUAACAAUUUUAUCUCCUCCUUUGCAGUACUAUGUAAUUGCUUAUUUCUUUUACCAUUGUUAUCAUUGUUACUGUUGUAAAAUGUGAACUCUUCCUAUCGAAUGUAAAAUAAUGUUGAACCAUUCUCAAAA